AGUCAAACAGGAGCGAGCUUGCAAGACGAUGCUGCCCGCGUUCAAGAAGUCGGAUGGGAAGCCCCGGGUCGUCCAGGUGUUUGAGUGCCCCGUGACCGACGUCCGCCGACCGCGCCACGACGAUGGCCGCCCGCGCAAGGCCGGCGCGAACGAGCCGCUGAGCCGCGCCGAAGAGGUCGCCAAGCAGUUCCGCGAGACCUUGGACUCGGUCAAGUCCUUUGGCGCGACGCAUGCAACGGGCAAGGAGCGCAAGAAGCUCGAGAUCGAGCGCAUCGUGGCGCUCGGCGGGAAGGCGCCCAAGGAGCAGAAGCGGCCGUACAACCAGCUCAUGGCGAUGCGCAAGGCGGCCAAGAAGCGCGAAGAGAAGCAUGAAGAGCUCGUCAAGGCGUCGGGCAUCGUCACGGGCAAGAAGAAGACGACCGCCAAGGUGCCCAAGAAGCGCGGCGACGCUGGCACGAUGGCGACCCAAGGCCGGUUCAAGAACGGUGUCCUCUUCGUCGCCAAGCACGACCGAUAAACCCCUCGACCAUGAUACUGUACCUACUAUAAUAGACGCCUUUGGAUUCCU